AUGUCGUCGAUAUCGACUUUGGAAGUUGCGUGGGAGAAUAGGGAGAAUCGAUCGUUAUGGCCGAGUUGGUGGCUCAAAACUUCUUUCUGCUGGAGAGUUGCUGACACGAAUAAACUCGAGUUGCUCAAGUGGGCGCGAGAGGAGAAAAAGUGUGAAUGGGAUUCAGGGACGAUUGAUGCGGCCGCAUAUCAAGGUAAUCUGGAAAUGGUAAAGUAUUGCGUUGCAAAUGAGUGUCCUAUCGAUGUGCGUGCGUGUGCAUUUGCUGCCCAAAACGGUCAUCUCGAGGUACUCAAAUACUUACACGAAGAAGCAGAAGCGGCAUGGGAUUUGAGAACUGCCACGUGGGCGGCUGAAAAUGGUCAUCUUCACAUACUCGAAUAUCUUGUUGAGCGUAAGUAUGAUCAAUUUGACGAGUAUGCGUGUGGGUUGGCAGCUGAGAACGGUCACUUGGACUGUUUGAAGUACUUACACGAAACUGCCAAAGUGCCUUGGGACUCUUGGGCGGUACGAAGAGCGCACGAGAACAACCAAACCGAGUGUGUACAAUACUGCCUCGACAACGACUGUCCAUUACCAGAAGACUGGUCGUACGAAGAUGGACAGCUGCGCGCAGCAUAG